AUGCCCGCGAGAGGAGAGCCAAAGGCCUUCGUGCUCCAACUUCAGCAGGGCCAGGUCCGGGAGAAGUCCUACAUGCAGAUCUCGGAGGAGAAGAUGGGCAUAAAGUGGAGCGAUCGCUGCAUCGACCGUUCCGCCCUUCCGAUCACCCACCUGAGGCGGCACCUCAGCGGAGGAGCACCUGACCCUAUAGCAGUGGAGAAGGCUCGGCAAGGCAUCAAAGCCGCAGUGGAGAGGGUCUCCGAGUGGUUCGAGCCAGCCGAGGGCGACACGGAGCUGCACGUGGCCGAACGGUGA